CCUUGUUCAAUCUUGAUGAGCAGAAAGUAUGAGAAGAUCAACCAUCCACCCGUGGAUGAAUUUUGUUACCUAACCGACAACGCAUACACAAAGAAAGAGGUGGCAAAAAUGGAGGCUGACAUACUCGAACAUAUCAAGUUUCAAGUGGGCAGUCCUACAAUUAUGACAUUUUUAGGAAAAGUCACUGUUGUUGCUCUAGAAGAUUACCAAAUUCCCAAUUUGAAGUUGGAGUUCUUGGGUUAUUACCUAGCAGAGUUAAGCUUGUUGGAGAAUGACUGUGUGAUACUCUUGCCUGCUUUGGUGGCUACAUCUAUAGUAUUUCUUUCACGGUUUACAAUCCAACUAAAGUUACAUCCUUGGAGUUCGGCCCUGCAAGAUUUUUCUAGCUACAAACCCGCUGACCUAAAGGAAUGUGUUCUUAUCAUACAUGAUUUGCAAUUAAGUAAAAGGGGAGGCUCUUUGGUUGCAACAAGAAAUAAAUACAACCAGCAUGAGUUCAAAUGCAUCUCAACAUUGUCCUCUCCUCAGGAGAUACCAAAUUCUUUUUUUGAAGAUGUUAAAGAUUCAUAGUGAGGGUUAGGAGAAUUAGUUGAUCUUGCUUGAUUGAUGGGGAGAUGAUUGUCUUGAAGAAUGUUCUUGCAUCGGAAGGUUAGCUAAUUCAGAAAACUCCCAAUGGUUAAUCGUGUUUGAUAAUUGCUGGUCGUUUCGUUGAUUUGGUUGUUUUGAGCUGUUGGUGUGAUCAAUUUUUGCUGGACUUAAAAAAGAGGGCAUGAAUGGCAUUGUUGAGACAGUGGUUACUAAUAUUAGUAAUAGUUGGAUAGGAAGUGUGGGAUUUUGUUAGCAUAUGGUUCAUUGCUUAAUAGUUUAUGAUUAGGUAGUCUCACUACCUCUUUUUUUUUUUUUUCUUUUAUGAUUUUCAAAUUAUUCGUACUAACAAAAUCCUAAACUGGGUGAAUGAGGCAAUUACGGUGGAAAGAUUUCCCUUCUUAC